AUGCUGCAAUUACAGUUUGAGUUUCAAUUCAACAUUACAAUUCCAACUCUCACAAUGUUUCUUCUCAAGACAUGGAGACAAUCUGCUUUUGGUGUUUAUGGUUACCUCAAUUUCACCAAACCUGCCUUUCUUGAGCAUUCUAAGAAUUUCAAACCAGAGGAAAUGGAAACACAAAUACCAGGGAAGAAUUGCAUAGUUACAGGAGCAAACUCUGGAAUUGGUUAUGCAACAGCUGAGGGUCUUGCGCAGCGUGGUGCAAACGUCUAUCUUGUAUGUCGUAAUAAGGAGAGAGGAGAGGCUGCUCUUUCUCAAAUUCAAACCAAAACUGGCAAUCAAAAUGUACAUUUGGAGAUUUGUGAUUUGUCAUCUGUCUCAGAUGUCAAGUCACUUGCUUCCAGGUUUUCCAAAAAGAAUAUACCACUACAUGUGUUGGUUAACAAUGCUGGUGUGCUUGAGCAAAAUCGAGUGACAACAUCAGAGGGGUUUGAGGUGAGCUUUGCUAUCAAUGUAUUAGGAACUUACACAAUGACUGAACUGAUGGUACCACUAUUGGAGAAAGCUUCCCCUGAUGCACGCGUCAUUACGGUUUCGUCUGGUGGAAUGUAUAGUACUCCUUUGACCAAAGAUCUACAGUACUCUGAAAGCAACUUUAAUGGGAGUGAACAGUAUGCUCGAAAUAAGCGCGUUCAGGUUGCACUAACAGAAAAUUGGGGCGAGACAUAUAAGAACAAAGGGAUAGGAUUUUACUCGAUGCAUCCAGGUUGGGCUGAAACUCCUGGUGUGGCAAGAAGUUUACCAAACUUUUCAAAAUCGCUUGCUGGGAAGCUUAGAACAAGCGAAGAAGGAGCAGACACAAUUAUCUGGUUGGCGUUACAACCAAAGGAGAAGUUGGUAUCAGGUGGAUUUUAUUUUGAUAGAGCUGAAGCUCCUAAGCAUCUUUCAUUUAAUGCUACAAAUGGUUCUCAUGCUGCGAUCAACUCUGUCAUUGAUAGUCUUCGAUCCUUAGCAUCUCUUUCUUGA